AUGGACGGGAGAUCCAAUGCGCCUCAAGCUCCCAACCAUAACAACAAUAUACUGGAUGAUCUGGGGAAUUCACAGCCGGCCUACAGCACAGGGCAGCGCCCUCCUGUAGACGACUCGCAACUCCUCAACGUAUUCAAUAUCGAUGACUCCGAAGGUCCUCAACCAAGACCAUCCACCAGCUACGAUGAUUUUGUCGGCGGAGGCAGGUCCGCGCCAGGAGGCCAAGCACCACCGCCAACGUCCUCAACUCGACCCUUCACUGCUCCUUACAUGGACAGCGGAACCCGAAACUACUCCCAGACCUCAGACCUACAAAAUUACGCAAGGUACGGAGACGGGGAGGAUUUGACCGAGGAAGAGUCGGGAUACAAAUACUAUGAUAAUGCAGGUCCCUCCGACGACCAUAUCCCCGGCGGAGGUGUCAAAGUUGUCGGGCGACAUCACAGACGCGAUCGGAAUAGUCUGAUGUCCAUGUCGGGCGUUAUGGAUAGAGCAAAAGGAAUGCUGGGGAUACGCAACAGCAACUACUCGGAUAUCAACCUCCCCUUGACCGAAGCCGGUCUGCAGAACUCGAGAGUAGAUACAGCUGGGACGGACGAGACGCCUCCAAUUCGAGAGAAGAAGGAAUUCAGUUUUGAUAACAUCAAAGACAUGUUUACGAGGAAGAAGGUUGAUCCAGCAUCACUAGGCCCCAGGAUUAUCCAUCUCAACAAUGCCACGGUCAACGCUGGUAACAGAUGGGUCGACAACCAUGUUUCUACCGCCAAAUACAACAUCGCGACCUUCUUACCGAAAUUUCUCUUCGAACAAUUUUCCAAAUACGCCAACUUGUUCUUCUUAUUUACCGCCGCCCUACAGCAAGUACCUAACGUCUCCCCCACAAAUCGCUACACGACUAUAGUCCCGCUCCUGAUUGUGCUCAUGAUAUCUGCAAUUAAGGAACUGGUGGAGGACUGGAAGCGAAAGACAGCAGACAAGAGCUUAAAUGACUCCAAAGCACGGGUCUUAAAAGGUUCGACCUUCGUGGAGACAAAAUGGAUCAAUGUUGCUGUUGGUGACAUCGUCCGUGUCGAGUCGGAGGAAUCUUUUCCUGCCGACUUAGUCCUGCUCACAAGUUCUGAACCUGAAGGGCUUUGCUACAUCGAAACCGCUAACCUUGACGGCGAGACCAACCUCAAAAUUAAACAGGCGAUUCCAGAGACGGUCCAUUUAGUGAACCCUGCAGACUUGGGGAGACUGAACGGACGGAUAAGGUCGGAACAGCCGAAUAGCAGUCUCUACACAUACGAAGCAACGUUGACGGUGGCUGGCGUAGGGAACGAGAAAGAACACCCCUUGUCUCCCGACCAGUUACUUCUCCGUGGGGCGGUCCUCCGCAAUACUCCCUGGGUGCAUGGAGUGGUUGUCUUCACCGGCCAUGAAACGAAACUGAUGCGGAAUGCUACUGCUACACCUAUCAAGAGAACAGAUGUGGAGCGGAUGCUCAACAAGCAGAUUCUGAUGCUUGUUGCUAUCCUCUUGGUUCUCAGCGCUGUCAGCACAAUUGGUGAUCUCGUUGUUCGCUCUACUGCUGGCCAAAAACUCACAUACCUCUACUACGAUAAUUUCAACGCCGCUUCGCAAUUCUUCCUGGACCUCUGCACCUACUGGAUCCUGUACUCAAACUUGGUCCCACUGUCACUAUUCGUUACCGUCGAAAUAGUCAAAUAUUUCCAGGCUUUUCUCAUUAGCAGCGAUUUGGAUAUGUACUACACGGAGACCGACACCCCCGCUGUAUGUCGAACCUCGUCGCUUGUAGAGGAGUUGGGACAGAUUGAAUACAUUUUCUCGGACAAGACAGGGACUUUGACCUGCAACAUGAUGGAAUUCCGGCAAUGCUCCAUCAACGGCAUUCAAUACGCAGGCGUGGUACCGGAAGACCGCAAGGCGACCGGGCCUGAAGAUUUGGACGGCAUUCAUGAUUUCAAACAACUCCGCGAGAACAUGAAGUCACAUCCGAGCGCUGGCGUCAUUGACCAAUUCCUCUCACUACUUGCCGUUUGCCACACAGUGAUUCCAGAACGCAAAGACGAGAAGUCGGAGAUCAAAUACCAAGCCGCAUCUCCAGAUGAGGGCGCUUUAGUCGAAGGCGCCGUGAUGCUCGGAUACCGGUUUGUGGCCCGAAAACCUCGCUCGGUGAUUGUCCAAGUCGAGGGCCGAGAUGUGGAAUACGAACUACUAGCAGUCUGUGAAUUCAACUCGACCAGGAAGCGGAUGUCGACUCUCUUCCGCUGCCCAGAUGGAAAGAUCCGGAUAUACUGCAAGGGUGCUGAUACAGUGAUCAUGGAGAGACUGGCCAAGGACAAUCACACCGUGGAGACUACAUUACGGCAUUUGGAGGACUAUGCUACUGAAGGCCUUCGAACUUUGUGUCUUGCCAUGCGCGAGGUUCCGGAACAAGAGUACCAACAAUGGCGACAAAUUUUCGACAAGGCAGCCACAACUGUUGGAGGCAAUCGUGCUGAAGAGCUUGAUAAGGCAGCAGAGAUCAUUGAGCACGAUUUGUACCUCUUGGGAGCGACUGCGAUCGAGGAUCGUCUCCAGGAUGGAGUGCCAGAUACUAUUCACACCCUGCAACAAGCGGGCAUUAAAGUCUGGGUCCUUACCGGUGAUCGACAGGAAACAGCCAUCAACAUUGGCAUGAGCUGUAAGUUGAUCAGCGAGGAUAUGACACUGUUGAUCAUCAACGAGGAUAAUUCAAGCGCAACCCGAGAAAGCCUGCAGAAGAAAUACGACGCGGUACGGAGUCAAGCUGCGGCUGGUGAGCGUGAUGUCCUCGCCCUGGUCAUUGAUGGCAAGUCUCUUGCCUUUGCCUUGGAGAAGGAUAUGGAGAAGCUGUUUCUUGACUUGGCAGUCAUUUGCAAAGCAGUCAUUUGUUGUCGAGUUUCGCCAUUACAAAAGGCGCUGGUGGUCAAACUCGUCAAGAGACAUCUCAAGGCGCUUCUCCUGGCCAUCGGCGAUGGUGCGAAUGAUGUCUCCAUGAUCCAAGCGGCACACGUUGGUGUCGGUAUCAGCGGCGUGGAAGGUCUUCAAGCUGCUCGCAGUGCCGAUGUUUCGAUUGGCCAAUUCCGCUAUCUCAGAAAACUGCUCCUCGUGCAUGGAGCGUGGAGUUAUCAACGCAUCAGCAAGGUCAUCCUGUACUCGUUCUACAAGAACAUUGCCAUGUUCAUGACGCAGUUCUGGUAUGCCUUCCAAAACUCCUUUUCUGGCCAAGUCAUCUACGAAUCUUGGACGCUCUCCUUUUACAAUGUCCUCUUCACAUUUUUCCCACCUUUCGCCAUUGGCGUAUUCGAUCAAUACAUCUCCGCUCGUCUUCUGGACCGGUACCCGCAGUCCUACCAACUCACCCAGAAAGGGGUGUUCUUCCGCAUGCACAGCUUUUGGUCCUGGGUCGCCAACGGCUUUUAUCAUUCCAUACUCGCAUACGUCUUUUCGAGUUACUUCUUUCUGAAUGACGGCAUUCUGGCUGAUGGUAAGGUUGCGGGGCACUGGGUCUGGGGUACCUCGACUUAUACCGCAAUCCUCCUCGUUGUCCUUGGAAAGGCGGCACUGAUAACGAACGUCUGGACGAAAUAUACGGUGAUGGCGAUCCCGGGAAGCUUUGUGAUAUGGUUGGCUUUCAUCCCUGCCUACAGUUACGCGGCACCAAAUAUUGGGAGUGGGUUUUCGACCGAGCUCGAUGGAAUCAUUCCCGUCAUGUUUUCAUACCCGGUCUUUUACGCACUUUGCCUCGUCCUUCCGCCAGUCUGUCUUGUGCGGGAUUUUGCAUGGAAGUAUGUCAAGAGGAUGUAUUUCCCACAAAGUUAUCACCACGUUCAGGAGAUUCAGAAAUACAAUGUGCAGGAUUACAGGCCGAGGAUGGAGCAAUUCCAGAAAGCCGUGAGAAAAGUGAGGCAGGUGCAGCGCAUGAGGAAGCAGAGAGGCUACGCAUUUUCUGCGGGCGAUGAGAGCACUGGCGGACAGACGAUGAGAGUAUUGAGUCUGUAUGACACAACAAAACACAGAGGGCGGUACGGCGAGUUGGACAGUGUCAAGGGACCCCCGCCGGGCAUGUUGUGA